CAACAAAAUAAGAUAAGAGGUGUUCCAAUUAAGUAAAUAUUAAUUAACGAUCAUAGUUCAAUAACAAUACCGCGUAUUUAUGAUAAGCAAUAAUGGUUUAAGUCAUCUUCAUGUCAAAAAGGCAGAUUACUCAGACAAUUGAUAACUCAUAAGUUAAAUAUAUUGCCUAUAACGUGAAAUGUUCUCUCAUUAGUGUUGCAGCAUCCAUUGUAACUGAACACAAGUGUAACAUCAAAAUGAGAGUGUUAAAUGUAACUGUUUUCUUAAUAUCCAUUGCUUACUUAGUUGAAAAUACAAAUGGUGGAGUCAUUGAUAAUGUUUACGGCUCUGUAGAGAACGGAACUCAAGCUGUAAAGGACCGGGUGCACAGCUGGUGGUCUUUUGGAAAAGAUAUAUUAUUUGGAGAUAUAGAAGCAGAAAAUACUAGUGAAAGAGCAAAUGUAAAUAAUGUUUUAGUCAAGCCUGAUCAAAGUCUCCUUGGUCGUCUUUAUAAUGGCGUCACUGAUGGUUACCGUGCUGCUCGUAAUAGAAUACAUGAUCUGCUAAUUGACCAAGAAAAUGGAAAAGACAAAGGAGUAAUCAAAACCAUGUAUGAUCGUAUCAGCAAAAGGAUUUCACAGAUGAAGUCGUAUGUUUUAGGAGAUGUUAAUAGUAAACAAAUUAGUGAUUUAACGAUGCAUCCACUUCCCGCUUCAGAUGUUGCAACAUUAAGAAAAUCCUUGACUGAUUUCCUUAAAGUGCAAAAUGAUAAAAGUCACAAGAAUGUAGAACAAAUUCAAAUUGAACUUGGUAACGCAGGUAACAAGUUUAAAGAAGGCUAUGAAGCUGGAAAAGAUAGUUUAUAUGAAUUUAGCCGGGACGCUAGUAAACGUAUCAAUGACGGUGUACACGCAACAAAUGACUAUGUAACUGAUAAGGUGGAUAGCGGUAAACAUGACAUUCAAGACUCCUUUAAUGAUAUUCACGAUAGCAUGAAUGACUUAACCGAAAGAGAAAAGGAAUUUUUGAACUCGAUCGCAACUAGGUUACGGAAUAGAGUGUCGAACGUCUACGGAAGUUUGAAAAGCACAAGCGAAGAUCUAAAGGAAUUAUCAUACGGCAGUGAUGCUGAGAAGCCAAGUCAUAAUUAAUUAAUUAUAGUAAUAUUAUUUCCCAACUUAUAAAUUUGUUUUAUUUAUAAAAGCGUUUCUUUUGUACAAAGUCCAUAAAUGUGUUCUUAUAAAAUCCAGGUUUAUUACCUUAUUCAGAAUACGACGUAAUUUCGCGACAAC